AUGCAAUGGCUGUCGCUUAAUUCCUUACAGCCAACCCUACCGGACCACUGCACACCACAGAACGACUUCCUCCUCCGCUUCUCGAGCGCGUUCCACACCUGCGUUCCUACACCUCUAGCCUUUACGUCGAACCUCCUCGGCGCCCUCAGCAUCGUCGCCUGGUUAUUCGCCCAACUACCGCAGAUAUACAAGAAUUGGACGUUGCAGAGCACGAGUGGACUGUCGAUAUUCUUCCUCGUAGAGUGGUGUUUAGGUGAUCUGGGGAAUUUGCUAGGUGCACUAUUCACGCAUCAGGCUUCAUGGCAGGUCGCAAUCGGGUCAUACUACGUUUUUGUGGAUUUGUGUCUGGUGGGACAAUGGCUCUGGUUUGAGAAGUUGAAGCACGGACAUCCGGUGUUUAGGGUGUGGAGAAGAGGAGGACAACAAGGAGAUGGCGAUGACGAUGGGAGUAGUGGGACCAUGGAACAAGUCGUGAUUGAAGGUAUGGACGUUCUGAGCCAGAGUGAUAGCAGAGAAGAAGAUGAAGUUGACAAUGUUGAAGGAGAGGAUACGAGGAAAUCGGCGACGAGACCGAAGAUUAUCUUUCGAGCGCCGACGUUCCAGAAACAACGAGAUGAGAAGAACGAGAAGGGCUCUGGAAGCCUCGCUGGAACGCCGAGUGGAGGAAACACGAUCCAUCGACUAGGCACAUCCUCCUCACCCAUGCCCUCCCCUUCACCGCGAACAAUGCUCUUCAUCGCCUGCCUAGUCGCCAUGGCCCACGCCUCGCCCAUCUCACACACCCCAGGCCGCAGUCUCGAACCCUUCGCCCGCGGCCCAACAAAACUCGAACAAGCCGGCACGAUCCUCUCCUGGAUGUCCACCUUCCUCUACCUCGGCUCCCGCCUCCCCCAACUGAUAAAGAACUACCGCCGAAAAUCCACCGCCGGCCUCUCACCACACCUCUUUAUCGCCGCCUUCUGCGGAAACCUCUUCUACUCCUCCGCCAUCCUAACCAACCCCUGCGCCUGGGACUCCUUCGCCGCAUACGGCGGUGGAGGCUGGGUAGGACCCGAAGGCAGCGAUCGGGCGACAUGGAUUCUAGCGGCUUUGCCGUUUUUCUUGGGGGCUUUUGGGGUGUUGGGACUGGAUGCGAGUGUUGGGGUGCAGUUUUUGGUUUAUGGGGAGGGGAGCGAGAAGUUGGUUGUUGUGGAGAGGGAGGAGGAGGGGAGGAAGUGGCAUUGGAGGAGGGUCAGUGGGUGGAUGAGGGGGUGGGUGCCGAGUAUUAGCGAGGGGAAGGGGGGUGAGAGGGAGGAGUUGUUGGGGGAUGGGGAGCGGAGGGCAGAUGGGUAUGGGGGGUUAUGA